CAGCCUGUAGCUCGGCGAGGCUCAGCGUGACGGCGGCCGAGCGGACGGAGUCGGAAGCCUCCCUGCGACCCUCGGGAGCCCGCGGCAGCCGAGCGGCGGCCCGGUCAGCUGAGGCGGCGGCCUCGGGCAAGCGAUUUUUUUCCCCAGAGUUGUUUAUAUAGAGCAUCCUGGAGUCCACAAUGAACGGGCAGUUGGACCUAAGUGGGAAGCUGAUUAUCAAAGCUCAACUUGGGGAAGAUAUCCGACGAAUUCCCAUUCAUAAUGAAGACAUUACUUAUGAUGAAUUAGUGCUAAUGAUGCAGCGAGUAUUCAGAGGAAAACUUCUGAGUAAUGAUGAAGUUACAAUAAAGUAUAAGGAUGAAGAUGGAGAUCUCAUAACAAUUUUUGAUAGUUCUGACCUUUCCUUUGCAAUUCAGUGUAGUAGAAUACUGAAACUGACAUUAUUUGUUAAUGGCCAGCCAAGACCCCUUGAAUCAAGUCAGGUGAAGUAUCUUCGUCGAGAACUGAUAGAACUUCGAAAUAAAGUGAAUCGCUUAUUGGACAGCUUAGAGCCACCUGGAGAACCAGGACCUUCCACCAGUAUUCCUGAAAAUGAUACCGUGGAUGGUAGGGAAGAAAAGCCUGCUGCUUCUGACUCAUCUGGGAAACAGUCUACUCAGGUUAUGGCAGCAAGUAUGUCAGCUUUUGAUCCUCUGAAAAACCAAGACGAGAUCAACAAAAAUGUCAUGUCAGCAUUUGGGUUAACAGAGGACCAAGUUUCAGGACCACCUAGUGCUCCUACAGAAGACCGCUCCGGAACUCCUGACAGCAUUGCUUCCUCCUCCUCCGCAGCACACCCAGCAGCAGUUCAGCCACAGCAGCCUCCCUACACAGGAGCUCAGACCCAAGCAGGUCAGCUGGAAGGCCAGAUGUACCAACAGUACCAGCAGCAGGCUGGCUACAGUGCGCAGCAGCCUCAGGCCCCUCCUCAGCAGUACGGUAUUCAGUAUUCAGCUAGUUACAGCCAGCAGACUGGACCCCAACAACCUCAGCAGUUCCAGGGAUAUGGCCAACAACCAACUUCGCAGGCACCGGCUCCUGCCUUUUCUGGCCAGCCACAACAACUGCCUGCUCAACCACCACAGCAGUACCAGACGAGCACUUACCCUCCACAAACUUAUACCACCCAAACAUCUCAACCUGCUAAUUACACUGUUCCCCCUGGCUCUCAGCCUGGAAUGGCUCCAAGCCAACCUGGUGCUUACCAACCAAGACCAGGUUUUACGCCAUCUCCUGCAAGUACCAUGGCCCCUCCUUCCAGUGGGGCUAACCCUUAUGCUCGUAACCGUCCUCCUUUUGGUCAGGGCUAUACCCAACCUGGACCUGGUUAUCGAUAAGGAAGUUCAGCCACACAAAUGAUGGCUGAUUGCCUCCCAAAAGACUAUACAAUACUACUUUGUUUCAAUUUGUAUUGUAUUGAAGUUUAAAAAUUUAAAAAGCAGAGCAUUUUUUUAUGAUAUUAUUGUUGCUGUUAAUUGAAAAUAUAAUUUACCAGAAUACAAACACAAAAAGACCAAAAUGAAUAUUGUUUCCUCCCCUGCUUAAAAUUGUAGCCGCUUCCUAAUUAUUUUGGAACACUACAUGUGUGUAAAAUGAUUGGCUUUCUAGUUUUCCAGAGACUGUUAAAAAGCUAGGCUAAGGUAUAGCCAUCACACUUGGCUAUUUACUAUUAACAUGAUGUACUAAAAAUAGAGCCCUUUGAGAAGAUGACUAGACAUUAUGUAUAAAAUGUAACAUUGAUAGGCUAAUAAAGGUGAUUGAAUCCAA